UCAUGAAGAAAUCUUAGCUUGGUACUAUUACUCAGAUGAUUUUGAAAAUAAAGUUAUUGAGUUAGGGGUUACAGAUAAAACUGCUAGAAUGCAAUUAUACAAGGAAAUGUUAAACCAUCUACCUGCAGAACCAUUAUUGGAAACCAUCACAAAUCCUGACGAUCAAACUAUUGCAAAAGCAAAUAUAACACUUGUACCUUUACCAGACAUCAAGAUAUUAUCAGUAACUGAGGUAAACGAGGAAACUUUACCGGAAACUGAGGUAAAUACAUCUAUUUCUGCUAAUUUAGAAAAUUUUCCAAAAACAUCGAUAAGUGUCGAGACCUCAUAUAAUUUCAUAGCUCAUAUUACUAAUUUGGAUUUCGUUAUUACUAUGAUUUAA